UUCAAUAAUAAGCGAUGGAUUCGGACGAAGACGAAGAAAGGACUAAAGAUUUGAAAGAAAGGGACGAAUUCUCACAAAGACUUAAAUUGAAAGACAAGAAUAAGACGAGAAAUAUUGCCGUUAAAAAUGAUAAGAAAUCGUACGAAGAAGCGGUCAAACGACUCAAACUCGAAGCCGAAGACCGCAAGAAAAUUGUUCCUAAAUUGAGAGUUGAGUCGCGAAGACAGUAUUUGGAGAAACGAAAGGAAGAUAAACUGGCACUUCUUGAGGGAGACAUUGCUGACGAAGAGUUUCUUUUCAAAGGUGUUGAUCUGUCUGAACGAGAGAAAGCACAGUUCGAAUACCACAAGAAAGUGUUGAAUUUGGCCAGAGAUCAUGACAGGGCUAGGGAUCAACAAAAUGCACAGAGAUAUCACAUUCCCACUGAAGACAAACAACAGCAAUACGUUGAAGUUGAUGACACAGAAAAGGCACCAAAUGCUGAACAAAGAAAAUGGGAAGAAGAGAGACUCGGAAGCGCUAGACUUCGGUUUGGUGCCAAAGACGCCAAAUCAAAGUCCAAAAAGGAGUACGAAUUGGUUGUGGACGCAGAAAUUGAAUUCGUUCAGUCGCUUACCAUUGAAGGCAAAAAUUUUGAAGAAGAAGACGAAGAAGUUAAAGAUGAGAAAAAGAUAAAGAGACAAACUAUCGAUGAAACGAGACGUUCACUUCCAAUAUAUCCAUUUAAAGAGGAACUAAUUGAAGCUAUCAAAGAACAUCAGGUGCUUAUCAUUGAAGGUGAGACUGGAUCUGGAAAGACGACUCAAAUUCCUCAAUAUUUACAUGAAUACGGAUAUUGUAAAGACAACAAAAAAGUUGGAUGUACUCAACCUCGACGAGUGGCUGCCAUGAGUGUGGCUGCAAGAGUGGCUGAAGAAAUGGGUGUCAAAUUAGGUAAUGAAGUCGGAUAUAGUAUUAGAUUUGAAGACUGUACGAGUGAAAGAACUGUUCUUAAAUAUAUGACGGAUGGUAUGCUUUUACGCGAAUUUCUGUCUGAACCUGAUUUAGCCACCUAUUCGGUUAUAAUAGUAGACGAAGCACACGAAAGGACAUUACAUACGGAUGUCUUGUUCGGACUCGUCAAAGAUAUUGCACGAUUCAGACCUGAUCUCAAACUAUUAAUAUCUUCGGCAACACUUGACGCACAAAAAUUUAGCGAAUUCUUCGACGACGCGCCAGUUUUUCGUAUACCCGGCCGUAGAUUUCCUGUUGAUAUCUAUUACACAAAAGCACCCGAAGCUGAUUAUAUUGAAGCUUGUGUUGUGACUAUUCUACAGAUACACGUGACUCAAUCGUUAGGUGAUGUCUUAGUGUUUCUUCCGGGACAAGAAGAGAUUGAACAAACACAAGAAAUUUUAACAGAAAGAACUCGAAAAUUAGGGUCGAAAAUACGUGAACUAUUAAUUCGACCGAUUUAUUCAAAUUUACCGACCGAUAUGCAGGCACAGGUGUUUGAACCGACACCACCUAAUUCCCGGAAAGUAGUCUUAGCCACAAAUAUUGCAGAGACAUCACUAACAAUAGAUAACAUUUUAUUUGUCAUAGACCCGGGAUAUUGUAAACAAAAUAGUUUUAAUCCGAGAACAGGAAUGGAAUCAUUAACAGUUGUUCCCAUUUCAAAAGCCAGUGCAAAUCAAAGAGCCGGUCGAUCCGGUCGAGUGGCUGCUGGAAAGUGUUUCAGACUUUUUACUGCGUGGGCGUAUCAGCACGAACUCGAAGAAAAUACCAUUCCUGAGAUUCAAAGAGUUCAUUUGGGAAAUGUUGUCCUAUCACUCAAAAGUUUGGGUAUUAAUGAUAUUUUACAUUUUGAUUUCUUGGAUCCGCCGCCACACGAAACACUUGUAUUAGCUUUAGAACAGUUGUACGCUUUGGGAGCACUCAAUCAUUUGGGUGAACUAACUCGUCUUGGAAGAAGAAUGGCUGAAUUUCCAGUUGAUCCUAUGAUGUCUAAGACAUUGCUUGCAUCUGAAAAGUAUAACUGUAGUGAAGAGAUUGUGACCAUCUGUGCGAUGUUGAGUGUGAACGCGUCUGUCUUUUAUCGACCUAAAGAUAAGGCCAUUCACGCGGACACUGCGAGGAAGAAUUUUUUUCAAUUAGGUGGCGAUCAUCUGAUGCUCGUUAACGUCUAUAACCAAUGGGUUGAAUCCGGUUAUUCUCGACAGUGGUGUCUCGAAAACUUCAUUCAAUACAGAUCUAUGUGUCGGGCAAGAGAUGUAAGGGACCAGUUGGAGGGUCUCAUAGAAAGAGUUGAGAUUGAAGUCAAGUCUAGCAAUGGUGACCACAUUGCUAUCAGGAAAGCUCUAACAGCCGGAUAUUUCUAUCAUACGGCCAGACUAUCUAAAACCGGUGGACAGUAUAAGACAGUAAAGGGUCAGCAGACUGUCCUCAUUCAUCCCAAUUCAUCACUUUUCGAAGAGAAGCCUCGUUGGGUUCUCUAUCAUGAAUUAGUCUUAACAACUAAAGAAUAUAUGCGACAAAGUAUUGAAAUUGAGUCUCAAUGGCUUCUGGAAGUCGCUCCUCAUUAUUAUAAAGAUAAAGAACUGGAAGACACCACUAACAAGAAAAUGCCCAAACAAUUGGGCAAAUCUUCUAAUGACUUGAAUCGUGUUUAUCCAAAAUUAUAG